UUCUGGAGGUGGGUUUCAUUGGGCGUGGCGAAAGCUUGGAGGUUUUGCUUGAUAUCAGCGAACCUGGCUCUGUUACAGCCGCAGAGUAGUGGGAAUGGCUAUGCUUUUAGUAGCAAGAAUGUACUGUCGAGAUCAACGGGGGCGACAUCGGCGCAGAGGAAGGCGACGUUUUCUUGGUCGAUGUUGUGUGGUUUGAUGCUCUUUGCGUUGGGUUUAAUUUCGUUGUUUACGGGCCAUGUUGCUUCUGAUCUUGAAUGGUACUCUCAGCACUUAGUUAACAGGAGGCUCUACUCUAAGCUGGAGGAAGCUCGUCGUAGGGCGAUCAAUAUCUGGGAGUCUAAGCUUUCGAAGAACUAUUAUGGAUGCAGCAAAAGAAGCCCACGUUUUGCUUCUGCUGUUAAGGAGAGGUCGUCGAAUGGCUACUUGCUUAUUGCAACCAGUGGAGGCUUGAAUCAGCAAAGAACAGGAAUAACAGAUGCUGUGGCGGUUGCCCGUAUCCUUAAUGCUACCCUUGUGGUACCUGAAUUGGAUCAUCAUUCCUAUUGGAAGGAUGAUAGUGGCUUUGUCGAUAUUUUUGAUGUUGGUUGGUUCAUUUCCUCUCUCUCAAAAGAUGUGACUAUUGUUAAGAGAGUUCCUGAUAAAGUUAUGCGUGCCAUGGAGAAACCUCCCUAUACCAUGCGUGUCCCUAGAAAAUCAGAGCCCGAAUACUAUCUUGAUCAAGUUUUGCCUAUACUUUUAAGGAGACGUGUUGUCCAGUUGACAAAGUUUGAUUAUAGACUUUCGAAUAUUCUCGACGAAGAUCUACAGAAGCUGCGUUGUCGAGCGAAUUAUCACGCUUUAAAAUUUGUGAAACCUAUUGAAGAUCUUGGUCACAAACUUGUGAAGAGAAUGAGAAAGAUGGCGAAACGUUACAUUGCCAUUCACUUGAGGUUUGAGCCUGAUAUGCUAGCCUUUUCUGGAUGUUACUACGGAGGAGGUGAAAAGGAAAGGCGUGAACUGGGUGAAAUUAGGAAGCGAUGGGAAACGUUACCUGAUGUAAGUGAAGAGGAGGAAAGGAAGAGAGGGAAAUGCCCACUUACUCCCUACGAGGUCGGUCUGAUGCUACGAGCACUUGGUUUUAGAAACGACACUUAUAUUUAUGUUGCGUCUGGUGAAAUAUAUGGUGGAGAAGAAACUCUGAAGCCUCUUAGAGAACUUUUCCCAAAUUUCUAUACCAAGGAGAUGCUUGUUAAUGCAGAGCUGAAACCCUUUCUUUCAUACUCUUCCCGUCUUGCUGCCAUUGACUACAUCGUAUGCAACGAGAGUAACGUAUUUGUCACUAAUAAUAACGGAAACAUGGCGAAGAUUCUUGCUGGCGAAAGGAGGUAUUCAGGUCAUAAGAGGACGAUUAGGCCAAAUGCAAAAAGACUGAGCGCUUUGUUCAUGGAAAGGAACAAGAUGGAUUGGGAGACAUUCGCCAGAAAGGUGAAGACUUGCCAACGAGGGUUCAUGGGUGAGCCUGAUGACUUGAAACGUGGUAAAGAAUUUCAUGAAUUUCCUGAUUCCUGUAUUUGUGAGAAACCUUCCCAUCAAAAAAUUAAAGAAGAUGAAGGCAACAAUCACCAUGAUUUGCAAGGAAUAGUGGAAAACAGAAGCUUGGUGGAGUCCAAAUAUGUGUAUGGGGGCAAUUUUCGUCAUGCCGACCCUAUCGAUGUUAUAUGAAGUUCGAUCACCCCUGUCGUCUUCGUCCCAUGGUAUAGGAAGUUUGAUCAAUUGUUCAUAACUUAGUUCUUUUUCCAUAAUAUCGAGUAUGUAUAGAUGUGUAGUUCUGUCUAAAACGUGCUGCUUUUGCUUCUGCUGCUGCUGCUCUAGUCUCUUAUGCGCAAGCUAACACCCGCUGCCCCCUCCUGAUUCGUUUUAUUAGUUUGUCGAAUUAUGAUAUAUGAGCUGAACCUACGAGGCGCUAUGACUGCAUACAGUUCGAAUCGACAACGUGCUCGAUAAAGACAGCCGAAUUGAUGCCAGUGUUACUGACUCCAUGUGAUUGAGCCUGUUACUAUUUGUGAGCCUAAGGCAAUAUUGUUAUUUUUAUCUUUGUUUCUCAUCUCAAUGUAACUUGUAGCUUUAGAAGUUUUUUUCUGUUUACAUGCAAACAUAAUGGAUCAUUUUAGUUUGCCUA